AUGUAUCUGAAAUAUUAUUUGAAUGAAAAUGGUGAUCGUGUCUACACUAUGAAGGAUACUGAUCCAAAUGGGAAACCAACUGUGUCUGCACAUCCUGCUAAAUUUUCACCGGAAGAUAAAUUCUCACGCCACAGAGUGACGAUUAAAAAACGUUUUGGUAUUUUACUAACUCAACAACCUACUCCAGUCAUGUAG